CCACAAGUCUCUCCCCCCAACCUAACCUUGUCCCCGUGCCAAGUUGAGCUGGACGAGCCCAUACCAACAAAAACCAAACAAUCCCUAUUGUUGACGACACAAUGUCGCCAACACUCCAUUCCCCCAAGCGGUCCCCUCAGGGUGCCGCCAAGGCUGGUUACCACCGCAGUUCGAGCCCCCGGGCUCUCGAUUCCAACCCCGCCGGCCGUUCUCCGAGAACAUCCAACAAAGCUAUCUCCCUCAGCUCCCUGACGGCCGAUCGCAAACGACGAGCCUCUUCGUCCGUCUCGAGUGUGUCGUCCGUCUCAUCCAUUGGGGAGCUCAGCGAUGAUGCAAACGAUUCCGAAGAUGAUGACGCGGAUGAUGAAGAAGAACAGCCAGCUGUCCGUGGCCCGUCUUAUGGUCGCCGUGACAGGGCUCAUAAGACGGGUCUAAAAUCCCAGAAGAGGACCAAGAAGAUGAAGUUUUCGGAUGAUGACGGCUAUGACGGUCAACGGAGUAGCGAUGACAACGAGUCCGAUGAGAGCUCAGAUGAUGUCUACGCCGCUGUGGACUACAUCAGCGACGGCUCGGAUGAUGAGGAACAAGAUGUUGAGAAGUUGGAAGAGCUGUUGAUCGUAGAGUCUGAGAAUGAGAACCCCGUUGGCGGUAUCUUGGCAGCUCCCGGCACUGACAAUUGGGCCGGCCCCAAUGUCUUCGACGAUCACAUGAUCCUGUCGGCUGCCUCCUUCUUUGACGAAGAACAGCUUUACACUGCCAUGGAGGCCUUCGGGGAGACCGACAUGGCUAGCGAGACCGCGAUUGAGACCCCGGUGCCGCGCCGGGUGCACUUUGAAGAGGACUCGGAUUCCUCGUCCGAUAGUGAUUCACACACCGAAGACGAAAUCCCCAGUGAUUUCCUUCAGCAGGACAGCCUCGACCCUCAGUUGCGUCGCAUGAUCGACAAUGAUAACAACGAGAAAUACUCCCGCCGCCGGCGCCAGUCUGACGAGAUGUAUGCCGAGUCUGACUAUGGGCAUUCCAACAUUUAUCACGUGGAAUCCGACGCCAUCUCCGAUGGUUCGGAGUCCAGCGGCUAUGAAAAUGAAGAUCUUCCCCCUCCUGCCACCAUCACACACCCUAGAUCUAUCCUGCGCCGUGAUUCUUCGGCUUCGUUGGCCCCCGCCGGGGAUGAGAAGAGCGAAAGUACUACACGUCGGCGAGGACCCAUUAUGGGCACUUUCGUCGCCGACCCUCACAAGCCUGUUGCAUUGGUUGACUGCACUGGCAAGCAUCUGGUGAUCAUCCCAGCAUAUGCUUCGUCUCGUCACGACUGGCUUGAAUCUGCCACGAACAGCGUUUGCGGUACGGCUCAUAACAGCCCGCGCGCUACUACAAUGCACCUGAUCGACGAGAGCGACACGGAAGCCCUUGCGUCGCCCAACCGUCUUGACAUGAGCCCCAUGUUGGCGUCCAGCGCCAAUCUUAUGAUGACUGCACUGGGUAAUGACAUUGCGCCCGGCGGCCAGGUCAUGGGUCCGCCGGAGGCAUUUUACCCCUCCCGCGAAUUUGCUAUUGAUAGCUCUUUCGAGGACGACGACGAAGACGACCCCGAGGCUGCCUUGAACGUCGAAGACUUCAUUGACUUCGGCGAUGGCUCGUCGGAUGACGAAAUGGACAAGGCCUUUGACGAGGAAUCACUCAUGUCUCCCAUGGUGGCUCGGCCUCUCCAAGCGGGCGCGGGUACACCGACGCCCAAUCGCGGGGUUGACUCACAACAGGCUAGUAGUGCGGAGCGAUUCCUAAACCAUCUGGAUCGUGGCAUUGUGACGGCAUUCCGUCGUAAUCACAACCGCUACCAGGCCCUCUUGCGCCUCCCACAGCAUCGGGAGUUCAUGCCGGCCAACUCGCCGUCUCGUCCUGCUAGCGUCUUCCGACAUGCACGCCAUGCGGACCAGCGCACCCCCACCCGCAAGCGCAAGGCUAGUGGGUACAACGGCGGGGAAGCGGUGCGCCGAAAGCUCAUGGACGCCCACCGUCGCAGCCAACUUCCUUUUUAAUUGCCGUCCGACCCACGCGAUACCCUGCUAUCUCUGCUUUGAGACGAACUUAGCGUGCAUGGCUUUCCACUAGUUCCUCGAACAUAUUGAACUUUUGUACAUGGCUUUAGAGUGUUCUGCCUGCGCAGGCGGGCAGACUUCGGUCUUCUUUCUCAUGUGGGCGGGAAGAGGGAUUGGCAUGACCAAAAGUUCGAGUUUGAUGAUGACGUUUCUACUUCUGGAGUUGAUCAAAGGAUAUACCUUGUGUUACGAAGACCUUUCCCUUUCUGUUUUGAUUUUGCGGAUCUUCCAUGGUCGACAUGUGAGCAAUGUUACGCCGGCGUAGAAUACGAAAAUGCAAUAAGAACUUAUUUACUCCAAUCACCG